AUGAGUGAGUUCUCGCCAAUCGCAUGCGAGAUUUGCCGCACCAAAAAGCGAAAGGUAGGCGUCGAGUAUAUCUCCGCAGAGCUUGAUGUUUUCUUAUUCGUUCGUGCAGUGCGACAGAAACAUGUAAGCCGAACUUCCAUCUCGGAGUCAAAUCACAAACCAGAUCUGAGUUCUCACAGCCCAACAUGCUCGCAAUGCGUGCACGCGAGUCAAACUUGCACGUACCCUGGCACUAGCAAGAGGGGCCUCCCUUCCGGAUACAUUGCGAAGAUCGAAGAACGCCUGGCGCAAACAGAAGCUGCGUUGCUGCAAGCUCUUUCGAGUUUACAUGCUUUGGAAGCACAACGAGUGAGGGAAGUCAGAGAGCCUGUUCACGCAUUAUCUGCGUUAUCAGAACGACCACGAGAGCUUGAGUUCAAUGAGAUACGGUUGGCAAAUGUGGAGAAUUGGAAGGCGUUUCCUCUGGGAAAUGAAUCGCAGCAAGUCGAGUGGAUGCGAUAUAAGCUGGCAAAAAGUGACGGUCUGCACGACCAGGAAGGAGCUGCGACCCAUAUCGCAGAGACCGAGCUGUCGCGAAUGUCUGGCGACUCCACGGUGCGCGAUCAACUCGGACCAGCGACCAAACGACGAAAAGCUGCCAUGACAGACACACAAAGACAAGCUCUUGCUACGCCGCCUCCUCAAGCUCCUGUAGCAGCAGCAUCGAUUUCUCAAGGCACCACAAGUCAGAGGGCAGAUCAACAAGCUCAUUGGCCUAUCCGAACACCUCAACACACCGCCGCCAAUUUGCAGCUCGGGUCUAAUGCCACCAGACAUAGCACAGGGUACGAGUCUCCUUUGGGCCAACAUGUCUUGGAGACAACCAUUUUCGUCAGUCCAAAUGCCGCAACUAUCAGAAACGCACCUACCCUUUCCGAAGCAGCGCCGCCCAGCGAAGCCAAGAGAUUGAGCGCAUUGCACUCGCGGAAGUAUUUCUAG